GAAAACGGGACAGCGAGAUAUAAGAAGUAAGGGGCAAGGGUCAAUAACGGGUGGUGCUAAUAUACCCGAAAGCGCAUCACGGAUUAAAAAAGAUUAUUCGAGAUAAAAUUGACAGUUUACGAUUUUCGGAACAUUCGAUCUAUUGGGUUGACUCAAUAACCUCAAAGAAAUUAAAAUCGAAAAUAGACGAUAAAUGGUAUUAGUGUAAGAUUACGUGAAGCGUUUCGGUGGUUUCGAUAAAAGUCAGAAAGGUGGUUCCCUACGGUAUUAAUCGGGAAAAGCUCGAUUGUCGGUAAAGUGAUAACAUUGUGAUUCAUGAAGUGAUUUUAUGUUAAUUCAAAAAUGAGUGAGACGGAAGAUAUCCAAUUGAACCUAAAGUGGGAUAACUUUUCAUCUCACUUGGCGCUUUCGUUCGAUUCGUGUUACGAAUCCCAGCAGUUUGUUGACGUUUCUUUGGUCUGCAAAGAUGGAAAAGUGAUAAAAGCUCAUAAGGUCAUUUUGGCAAAUACGAGCAAGUUCUUUCAUCGUUUGUUGACCGAGAAUCAACAUCCGCAUCCGAUGAUCGUAAUGCAUGACAUUGACGUCGAUGAUCUUCGAAGUUUAAUGUCUUUCAUGUACUGUGGAGAAGUCCAGGUCUUUCAAAAUGACCUCAAGAGGUUGUUGGAUUUGGCAGAUACCCUUGAAAUUUCGGGAUUACAACAAAUUCCGGACUUUGACAACGACAGGACCCGCUGCGGCAACAAAAACUCAACUGUUGUCAACGAUCAAGCGGAGUGUCCGAACAUUUUUAAUCUACCUGAAAGUCCUGAACGUGACGUCGAUAAGCCGGCUUCAAACUUGCUUAAAUACGUGUCAACUCUCGGUCAAAAAAACCUAGACAAUUCCGUCCCAAUAUUCGAAAGUUCGAGUAAAAAGUUACGAGAAAUGGCGCAAAAAAUAGAAAGCUCGAGCUUGGGUAGGAAGACUUUUACCGAUAGUAGCGAAAAUAGAUUAAGAGAAAUAACUAAUAACAAUGUACCAAAAUCGUUCAACAUAUUGCCGGAAAACGAGUCAGAAUCUCUGUCUUGCAAAAGCUCAAUUCGAAAACUCCAAGAAUUAGCGAAGCUUUUGGAUAACGUUAACCGGAACCCUACGCUACCAGAAAUGCCCAAGGCUACUUCCGUUGGUCAGAAAAGGCCCUUGCAUUCUGUUGAAAACGGAAGUCUAUUUGCUAAAAAGUCAAACGUCACUCUCGUAACUCCGAGUACUUCUGAAACGGAACCGGAAGUCGAAAGUAAUGGAUUGGUACCGGCACAUGACCCUGGUGAUACCGGCCAAACGAAUGACGGCGAACAGUUCAUACAAAACUGCGCCGCUUUAAUAAAGGACGAAGUUGAGGUCGCGACAGAUUGCAGCAGCCCUCCGGACAUUGAACUUGAUAAUUCGCACAAUGAAAAUUCUACGUUCCAUGAUGGCGAAAAUUCGAGAACAAGUAUGCUCGCUGCACAACUUCUUAAGGCUGUCGCAAAUAAGAGAAAAGAUGAAAUAAUCUUACGACGGCUGACCAGGUCUAACAGCACUUCUGCAACAAAUCACUGAUGCAAAACACGUAAGGGAAAUCUAAAAGCAGUCUUUACCAGAAAACCAAACUUUGAAAAACAAUCGUGGGAUGGGUCCUUAGCUGCCAUUCAUAAGAAAAAACUUGGUGCAAACAACGCUGUGAAACAUUUUAAAGCUAUGAUCCCCUCGGGACAUGUGACUGGUAUUCGUGUCAAACAAUAUGCGAACGAAAAUAAAAAAUUGCAACCAGAUUCGGGAAAUAAGUUACCGGGAUAUUCGCUAUCGAUUGGAAGUACAGAUAUUAAUCCGCCUCAAAAAGAAGUACGACGAAUGCAAACGCCUCCACUAGUAGAUGAACGUGGAAUCGAACGUAGAAGCAAAGUAGAACGCAUUUUUCUUGAUCGUUGCCGUGAGAAAAAUGGUGAAAGAGUUUACGAUAUCACGUCACGUUACGUUGAUCUAUUUUUCGACACCCUGGAAAGAGAUUAUCGAACGCAUCGCUACACUGCAGAUCGUAUUUUCAGCGUCAACGGAACUGGAUUGAUUAUAGAUCGGAACGAACAAGGAGCAAGGAUACUAACUUGCAGAGGAAAUCAGCAAUUCGCAGCACUGAAACCGAAACAACGGAGUUCUCUAGUUACCGUAUUAUGUGCUAUGAGUGCUGGUGGUAAAUUCAUACCGCCAAUGAUGAUAUUUCCGCGUGAGAAAAUUAGCGAUAAUAUUCUGACGGGAACGUCCGCUGGAUCUUCAGAACACGAUACAUCAGGUUGGAUUGAACCGCGUCAUUUUUCCGAAUGGUUGCGACAUUUUAUGAAGCAGACAAAUCCAUCAGCAGAUUCACCAAUAUUGCUUAUUGUCGAUGGUCACUACAGAUACGCCACGAGCAUGGACACUGUUCAAUACGCUGAAAAACAUCACGUUUUUAUACGUUUUAUUCCUCCGUACACAGCCUAUAAACUGCUGCCAUUGGAUUUGACUUUUAUGAGAGUGCUGAUUCCUAGCUACGGUAGACAAAGCCAACGAUGGAUACAGCAAUCACUACGUCCACUUUGUCGUAGUGACAUUGAAGAAUUAUUUGGAAAAGCUUAUGCGCAAUGUCCCUCAAAAAAUAUUGCUAUCGACGGCUUCAAAGCGGCCGGAAUAUAUCCGUGUGAGAGAAAAACUUUCACUAACGAGGAUAGGAUGUUUAUUAAACUCAUCACUCAGGAAACAAUGUGCAACCCCGAAUCAUUCGUCCGUCCAAAUGCUACUCAAGAUAUCAGUCCUUCGUCUACGAGAGCGAUACAUCCGACGAACCUUGAUCGGGCGUGUGAAAAUGAUUCGAAUGAGGCUGGACCUAGUUCUAAUCCUGUGAAGUUGGAGAAUAUCUUCAUUAUCCUCGACGACAUCACGUCAGUGGUGAAUCCGGACGAGGUUACUGUUAUCACUUGUGAUAGAUAAUGUUAAGUUUUUACAUUGGAAUACUAUUUGAUAAUACCAUCCAUAUAUUCUAAGGAAAAAAAAAGUGCUGUGUGAUAUUUUCAAUAUUU